AUGGAGACAAAGUACGGCGCCGGCGCGUACAAACUCUUCCGCCCGCUAUACAAGGACCUCGCGGACGAGAUGCGGCGUGAGGUGUGCGCGAAGCCGCCGCCGCCGAUAGACGGCUGGACGGUGCGCCACGACGAGGCGGGGAAUCUCGCCGUCUUCACCCGCGCUGCCGACACGAAGGCGCGCACCGCUCGCGUCGUGGCGUACAGCCCGGUCGUCAUGGCGAACCCGCCAAAGAUCAACGAGCUGCUGUACUUCCUCGACUGGUUCCCGGUGGAGGUGCUCAUGGCGCGGAAUGGCGUCAUUGUGCACUUCUCGAUGGCCACAAACGAGGGAGGCAUGCACAUGCGCAACGUGCGCGCGUACAAGGAAGAGUCACAGCUGCUGGAGGUGACGGACGAUGCGGCGUGGGUGCGGCGGAACCUCCACUACGACGGCCCCUGCCUGUGGCACCUGGAGCUCGACAUGCAGAAUGAGCUGUACGACGUGAUGCAGGACCACGGCGUCACGCUGGACUGGAUGCGGUGGGCGGCGGAGUGGGUGUACUACUUCGAGCACGUCGCGUACGUGCGCUGGUCGCUUGGCAUGCUGCAGCAGCUCAUCCCGCCAGCACAGCGCGGCCCCGAGGACGACUUCCUCACAGCUGAGGAGAAGGCGGCGCUCAGCAAACCAGCGGAGGACUGGCUGGAUGAGCAUUACAUUUAG